ACCCUUAAAACUGGAACUACCGGUAAACUUGUCCCAACUAAAACCCUGAACCCCUCGAUUUCAUUUCACUCCGCUUCUCCUCUGACCAUGGCGUCUCCUCUGCUUCCGGUCUCCGGGAUUUCUGGUGAAGUUGAAUGUAUGAGAAGUGAUAUAUCAGUUGGUUCUACUUGUGCCAUGGAUUUUGCUGCUGAAAUUUCUAACCCAGAAUGGAAAAAGAGGAGGAUUAUCUUGAACGAAAAUUCUUCAUCAAGUGAGAUUCUGAGAGAAAUUGAGGCUUCUUUACCCACUCUACAUAAACCUGAAUAUUAUAUGGAACCAUGCUUUGAUGAGUUGGUGCAAAGGGAAUUGAUGGAUCCUGGGUAUUGUAGUCGGGUUCCGGAUUUGACUAUUGGAAGAUAUGGUUAUGGGUCUGUCAAGUAUGUUGGAGAAACUGAUGUUAGAUUGCUCGAUGUAGACGCCAUUGUGACGUUUGGUAGGCAUGAGAUAGUUGUUUAUGAAGAUGAGAGUGCCAAGCCCUUGGUUGGUCAAGGCCUUAACAAGACUGCUGAAGUAACUUUGGUUCUAAGAUUGACAUCUGCAAAUGUUAAAGAGGGUAGGAAGGAAAUAAUUGAAGAGAAAUUAAGACGGAGCACGGAUAGGCAGGGGGCUCAGUUCAUCUCGUUUGACCCAGAAAACGGAGAAUGGAAAUUCUUGGCUCAUCAUUUCAGUAGGUUUGGAUUAAGCGAGGAUGAUGAGGAGGAUAUCACAAUGGAUGAUGCUACUCCUGCAGCUCAAGAACCCGUGGAUAUGAAUGGGGAUGAAGUCUUGGAUGUUGAUGAGGAAGCUGAAUUAGAUCAUUCUGGGGGUUUGCUUUCUCACUCUCUCCCUGCUCACCUUGGUCUUGAUCCAGUAAAGAUGAAUGAAAUGAGAAUGUUGAUGUUUCGUGAUGAGGAAGAGGACAUGGAAGAUUUCAAUCAUACGCAUGCUCGUCAAAAACCAUCCUUUGGCAAAGAUUCUGCCUGGCCAUUUUUGCAGAAUUUGACACCAAUGAACCAUAGAUCUAGUCCACCAAUUGUCCGCAAAACCCCGUUGGCAUUGCUUGAGUACAAACAUGGUAGUUUUGACUCAAACACUCCUGGAACCAUUCUGUUGGCGCAACAAAAUAAGACCACUCCUCUCAAGAAGUUGAAAACAGAAGGUUUUAAGCUGGACCUCAUGCAUGAAACACCAGUAACAGGAAGCCAUUCUCGCUGCUUAGUUGAUGCAGGGUUGUUCAUGGGCAGGUCAUUUGGAGUAGCGUGGGGUCCAAAUGGAACCCUCAUUCAUGCUGGUAAACCUGUAGGUGGUAGUGACUCUCAGAAGGUGUUGUCUUCUGUGAUCAAUUUAGAGAAGGUUGCGAUUGACAAAGUGGUUAGAGAUGAAAAUAACAAAGUGAAAAAGGAACUUGUUGACUUCUCGUUUCAUUCUCUAUUGUCUCUCCACAAAGAAAUAAAUCAUGAAACAAAAGAAUUCGAAUUUGGGUCCUUUAAAUUGAAGCUUCAAAAACUUGUCUCCAAUCGCUUACACCUUUCAGAAAUUUGUAGGAGCUAUGCAGAUAUUAUUCAGAAGCAGCUGGAAGUGACUGGAUUAUCCUCCUCUGCCCGCUCUGGUUUGAUGCACCAAAUAAUGGUCUGGGAAUUAAUAAGAGUUCUUUUCUCUGAUAGAGAAAAAAGUGGACAAUUGAAAACUUCAGAAGCGGACAAUGAGGAGGACAUGAUGCAGGACGUGAAAGAAGCUUCUCCUGAAGCGGAUCCUGAAGCACUUCCUCUUAUCCGGAGGGCAGAAUUCAGCUAUUGGCUGCAAGAGAGUGUUUGCGGUCGCGUACAGGAUGAUAUAAGCUCCCUGAAUGAGACCAGUUAUCUUCAACACAUAUUUUUACUCCUGACUGGGCGGCAGUUGGAUUCAGCUGCGGAACUGGCUGUUUCUAAGAGCGACGUAAGACUCGCUUGUCUAUUAAGUCAAGCUGGUGGAUCCAUGGUGAAUCGUUCUGAUGUUGCGAAACAGCUUGAUCUAUGGAAAGUUAAUGGGCUGGAUUUCAGUUUUAUUGAGAAGGACAGGAUAAGGCUUUACAAUUUGCUUGCUGGAAACAUUCAUGGGGCUUUGUAUGAUCUUGAAAUUGACUGGAAGAGGUUCCUAGGUCUAUUGAUGUGGUAUAAAUUGCCUCCUCAAGCUUCAUUGCCCACUGUUUUCCGUACUUACCAAAACCUUCUUGGUGAUGGAAGAGCUCCAUGUCCUGUUCCAGUUUAUGUCGAUGAAGAAUUUGAACAGGAGGCUUUAAAUUGGAGAACAAAGGAGCGUUAUGACAUCUCAUACUAUCUUAUGCUUCUUCAUGCAAGUGAAGAAAGUGAAUCUGGCUUUUUGCAGAAUAUGUUCAGUGCCUUCUCUUCAACACAUGAUCCACUUGAUUAUCACAUGAUUUGGCAUCAACGUGCCGUGCUUGAAGGAAUAGGUGCUAUCAGUUCUGAUGAUCUUCAUGUUCUUGACAUGGGGCUUGUUUCUCAACUAUUGUGCUUGGGCCAAUGCCAUUGGGCCAUCUAUGUGGUUCUCCAUACGUCUUAUCGCGAAGAUUUUCCGUAUCUUCAGGCCAAUCUCAUUAGGGAGAUCUUGUUCCAGUACUGUGAAUCUUGGAGUUCUGAAGAAAGUCAACGCCAAUUUAUUGAGAAUUUAGGUGUUCCAGUUGAAUGGCUGCAUGAAGCAUUGGCAAUUUAUCACAUUUACGUUAGGAAUCACUCAAAGGCUCUUGAACACUUCCUUGAAUGUGCUCAUUGGCAAAAGGCUCAUACUAUUUUCAUAACCUCAGUUGCACAUACACUCUUCUUGUCAGGCAAACACUCUGAGAUAUGGAAGCUUGCAACUUCAAUGGAAGACCACAAGUCAGAGAUUGACAAUUGGGACUUGGGGACUGGAAUUUACGUUUCAUUCUAUUUUCUGAGAAGUUCACUUCUUGAAGAUAAUGAUACAAUGACUGAACUGGAUUUUCUCGAGAGCAAAAAUGAUGCUUGUAGAAACUUUAUUAGUCAGUUAAAUGAGUCCUUGGCGGUUUGGGGUGGACGACUGCCAGUUGAAGCGAGAGUAGCGUAUUCAAAGAUGGCGGAGGAGAUGAGCAGUUUGCUACUAUCUGAUCUUGGGGAGGGCUCCACCCGUGAUGUGCAAUUGAGCUGUUUUGACACAGUCUCUAACGCUCCAAUCCCCGACGAACUCCGCUCAAGUCAUCUGCAAGAGGCAGUGUCUCUUUUUACAUGCUAUCUUUCGGAGGUGGCCACCUAGGAAAAAUGAUAAAAGUUCCAACCAUUGCGAGUAGUGGUGUUCGCUUGGCCUUGAAGUCUCUUAUGAUGUAAAAGUUGGUCGUGCUUGUGAUGACCCUCAUUGCCUGCAACUUCACUUGGUUUUGUUUCUCAAUCUUGGUCUUGGGAGUGUUUUUCACUCAUCUAUUAGACAUGUUGAGAAAGUAGAGGUCCUAGAAAACGGACAGAGGUGUCUUGUAUACUUUUUGCCUAGUAACCAUUUAUAAGAUUUGCUUUCGAAUGCAUUCUUAUUCACAAAGGCUACGAAAAAGCUAAUUUGUUGUUUUGUUUUUUUUUUGGUUGUGGAUCCUUUUGUAUUAAUUAUGAAUGUACUCAAAUUGUACAACAAGGUAAAAG